AAGAUGUCGUCUCACUUGGUGUGGAGCAUUAUUCGCAAUAACAACGCUUUCCUUUUGAAGAAGCGUAACAUCAGCAAACCUUUCAGCACAGAACCUAACAAUUUAACAAAUGUUAGUUCAUACAGAUACAAUGGCCUUGUCCACAAAAAAUCUGUAGGUAUUGUUGAUGCUCCUGACAAGAAAGGUUUCACUGUUGUCUACAAAAAAUCCAGCAAACAAAACAAACCUAGACAAAGCACAGUCAAGAGGACCUUUAAGUCUGGACCAAGGAGGUCUCUUCACAAACUGAAGCGUCUUUUGGAAUCCAACAAAUACCGUACAGAUUUGACCAAGGCUGCCCUCCGUAGAGCCAGUGCUGUUCUUUCAUCGCAAAAACCCAUUGCAGCAAAAAAGACAACUAAGGCUAAGAAGACCGAAUAAAUGUUGUGUAUAAGAU